AUGGGGCUGCCCUGGCUAGGGCUAUGGCUGAAGCGGCUAGGGAUAUUCUUGCAGGUAGCCGUGGAGGUGGCUGUGGGCAAGGUGCUAAUGAUACUGUUCCCAGAGAGAGUCAAGCAGAACAUCCUAGCCAUGGGCCAAAAGACCGGGAUGGCCAGGAAUCCCCGAUUCUCCCCCGACAACUGGGUCCCAACCUUCUUCAGCAUCCAGUACUUCUGGUUCGUCCUGAAGGUCCGGUGGCAGAGGCUGGAGGACAGGGCUGAGUGUGGGGGGCUGGCCCCCAACUGCACGGUGGUCCGCCUCUCAGGACAAGAGUGCAACAUCUGGGAUUUCAUUCAAGGCAACAGGCCGCUGGUGCUGAAUUUCGGCAGCUGCACCUGACCUUCAUUUCUUUUGAAAUUUGACCAAUUCAAGAGACUUGUAGACGACUUCGCCUCCACAGCAGACUUCCUCAUCAUCUACAUCGAAGAAGCUCAUGCGACAGAUGGCUGGGCUUUCAAGAACAACGUGGACAUCAGGCACCACCGGAGCCUCCAGGACCGCCUGCAGGCCGCACACCUGCUGCUGGACAGGGGUCCCCAGUGCCCUGUGGUGGUGGACACAAUGCAGAACCAGAGCUGCCAGCUCUACGCAGCUCUACCUGAGAGGCUGUAUGUCAUACAGGAGGGCAGGAUCUGCUACAAGGGUAAACCUGGCCCUUGGAACUAUAAUCCAGAGGAAGUCCGCACUGUCCUGGAAAAGCUUUGCCCUUCACCUGGACACAUGGCUCAGCUCUAG